AUGUCAUCUCACCAGAGAACACAACGUUUCACAACACAGCCCCUGGUCGCUGCUCGGUGUCACAAGAAGCAGAUAAGACACUGUGGUACUCCAUGGUUGCCGGUGUCAGCAGUGAAGAGAACAACCAUUAAACCAAUAUCUACCAUAAUCAAUAGUGAUACCACGAGAUUUGUACAUAACUUUGACCGUGAGAGUUCCUUCCUGCUGCCGAGUUGGAGGAAGGGGGAUACCCACAGUGUUGGUAGGGUUGCUGUGGGUUGCUUCCUGGCCUACUGCUUCAACCUUGAGCCUCAGAUUUCCAAGAUUUAUGCCAACCCUUAUGCCACCGAGACACAAGAAAGGGAGGCUUACUUUGGCUAUGCUGUGGCUCUCCAGCAUGAUGAACAGGACUCCAACUGGGUUAUUGUAGGUGCUCCUCGUGCAAACUCAACACAUUAUGACAAGACGGUGAUCACAGAGCCUGGAGCAUUGUUCAAGUGUCCCCUCACAUCUGACAAUUGUGAGGAGCUUCUGGUUGAUCUAACAGGCAAUGGAGUAGUCAGAUUUGGUCCACCAGAGUUUUACUACCAAGACCUUAAGAAUUAUGGCUGGCUUGGAGGAAGCCUGGACAGUCAGCCUAGGUACCAGAACAACCGUCAAGCUACUUGUGUUUGUGCUCCCCAAUGGAAGGACCAGAAAUGGAAGAAAAACACUUACAUGAAUGGUGCUUGCUACAUUACAUUUGAUGCUUUCUCUAAUGAUACUUAUUUUGAAAAGAAGGUCCCAUUAGUGAACAGAAAUAAGCAGACGCAAGGGAACAAAACGGUAUAUGCUUAUGGACAAGCAGGUUUUUCUGUUCACUUUCCUGAUGAUUCAACAAAAAUGGUUAUUGGGCUUCCUGGUGUCUAUGAUUGGAAAGGGUCUGUAUUACUCUUUGCGGAUGAGAAUGAAGAAAGUAUUGAUCCAGUAAGGAAAAAACGUCAAGCUGAUGACCAUGACCAUAUGUUUCACCUUGAUUCUGAAGUGAUAAAAAGUGAUGAGUUUGAAACAAGUUCAUUGUUUGGUUACUCAGUAACUUCAGGAAAGCUUCUGGACAUUAAUAAGACACAUUAUGCAGCAGGAGGACCUCGUGCUGCUAACUCCUUUGGCAAGGUAAUUAUUUUUGAAUUUCCUUCUAAUGGUGAACAAAAAUUGGUGAUAAAGAGAAAUCUGAGAGGUGAGCAGAUUGGAGAAUAUUUUGGAGCAGCACUGACAGCAGCAGACAUCAAUGGGGAUGGAUUGGAUGACCUGGUUGUUGGCUCACCUAUGUAUUCAGACAAUAACCUGAAAAAUCCAGACAGAGGCAGAAUCCAGUCAUUUCUGAGCACAGAGGGAGACUAUGCACAUCCGAAGUCUCAUUGUGGCUAUGAAGUCGCACUUGCAAGAUUCGGCACAUCACUUGCCUCUCCUGGUGACCUUAAUGCUGAUGGAUAUGAAGAUAUUGUGGUAGGAGCUCCAUGGGAAGGUGAUGGGGCAGUGUACAUCUUUCUGGGGUCACAGAGCGGCUUGAGAGACCCCUGGUCACAACGUCUCUCGCCAGAAGACUUCACUCCUGCUGUUCUCAAAGGCUUUGGUUUGUCAAUAUCACGUGGUGUUGACAUAGACAAGAAUGGUUACUCAGACUUGGCUAUUGGAAGCUUCCUUUCUGGCCAUGUAGUGGUGGUCAAAAGUCGACCAGUGGCAACAUUAUAUGGUGAAGUCAUUCCCAGUCAGUCCAAUGUUAAUUGGGAGGAGAAAGCAGUCAUUAAUGUCAAGACCUGCCUUAAGUAUGAAGGUUUUAGUAUUCCUGAAAAUCUGUCUGUGAGAGCAAAUCUUAUCCUGGACUAUGGCAACACAAUAUUUCGUGCUGUGUUUAAUGGCAAACUCAACACCAAAUCCUUUGAGGAGCAAUUGGUCAUUAAUAAAGCCAAGUGUAAGAACCACCAAGUGAUUGUGAAGGAGGAAAAGAUCAAUCCAGACUUCCCUAUAAGCUUGAGACUGGAGUAUGGACUUGUGGAGGACUCUACACUGGAAUUAGCUAAGAGACCAGUGACUGAUCCAGCUGCACACAACUAUACUUCAACUAAUGUGGCCAUUGUCAAGGACUGUAAUGACAAGAUCUGCAGAGUGAAUUUGAAGGCAAUGGCUGAAUUUACCAAUGGGGUUCAGGAUGCAGUGGUCAUAGGAAAAUUUAACAAACUACGUGUAACAGUGUCUAACAGUGGAGAGCCAGCAUACGUCCCUAACAUGACGGUGACUGCAGACCGAUAUUUCGAACUAAUUCCACCUGUGUCACAUGAAGACUGUCUUGUUGAUGUUACUGACACAAAAGUCUUCCUACAAUGCCAGCUUUCCAACCCUAUUAAGAACAACAGCUCACCUGAUGUUCUGGAAGUGGGCGUGAAGGUGAAUGAAAAACAACUAAUGAGGAAUAUCAGUCAGUUUGAGCUGCAUGUAAAUGUUUUGGGGGAAGGAGAAGAAGUGGAACCUGAUGACAACUUCAUAAUCAUGAAACUCCAGCUAGCAACUGAAGCAAACUUGGAGCUACAUGGAGCUUCUGAAGAUGAACAGGCACCAUAUAGACUCAGUGAUGACAAGAAGAGUAUUAUAACCAAGAAUGUUAAGUUCAAUCAUACUUACGUUUUGAUCAAGAAGGGACCAACAGCUCUCAGUCUCAUAGAUCUCACCAUCAAAAUUCCAGUCAACUUCACUAAUGGCUUGAAUUUUGUGAAGGUGUAUGGAUGGACGGAAUACUCAAAGCCCUAUAUAUUUAACUGUGAGUUAGAAGGCAUAAAAAAGGCAACUCACAGCAGCAGUAUGAAUCAUGGAGAUGGUGUAGCUAUGACAAGUGGAAGCAGUGAUAUUCAUGGUGCAAGCAGUGAGAAGGAAUCAGAUGCAGGUGUGCAGUACUUCAACUGUUCCUCUAGCCUGAUCAAGUGUGCAAAGCUCCACUGUCCAACACAUGAUUGGGUUUUGGACACACAGUCAGCAAAAGUUUCUGUGGAACUGGAUGUUGAUCUUAGUGUCUUGGCCAAACACAUUUCAGUCAAGGAUGGAACAAUUUUUGGCAGUAUGGCAGUUGCCACGAUUCAGUCACUCAAGUCUCAAGUAUUACAUAUUGGCAACAGGACAAUAACAGGAGAAGUAGUGACGUAUAUCCAACCUGACACUCUGCUAAGUAAUGGUAUCCCCUGGUGGGUGAUCCUGCUGGCAGUGCUGGGGAGUCUUCUACUCCUUGGAAUUAUGGCUUAUGUGCUGUAUAAGAAAGGAUUCUUCAAACGUAAGCAAAUGGAGGAGAUGAUGGCCCAUAGAGCAAGGAUUGAAAGUUCCUCCCAAGGUGGGACAGUAAACACAUCUGAAAUUCAUGACUGAAGAAGCUUCAACCACUCAGCAGAUACUAUAAUUUUAAAUAAGUCUUCAUUUUAUCAAUUAAUGAUGUUAGCAUUUAUAUACUGUGUUGUAAAUGUUUAGUAGCAUUUUGUUGGAUGUUGUUUAUGUGGCACUACUGUGAGAACAAAUUUGGUGUUGAUAGUGUGCCACAAAACAUUUUACCAGCUCACAAUAUUGUACAAAACAUUUUUAUAAGUACAAAAGCAAAUAAAAGCAAGAACAAAUAGACUACUAAACCAAGCCAGCAUUAAUGUUCAACUACUAAGGCAUUGAGAAAUUAAGUUGUUAAGUUCCUGUUGUUUAAUGGAUUGUCAAUGUAACCAAAAAUAUGUAAAUUUCAAGGGAACCUCUAACCUCCUAUAAACAGGUAAAGGAGGGUGUUCUGCCUACUCUGUUGCUUUGGAUGAUGACUAGGGUAGGAGGGAUCCAAUCCAUCAUAAUUGGGAGAGCUUACAUUUUGGCCCAGGGAUGUGAGGAUGGUGAAUGGUGAGGGAUGUGCUUACUUAUAAGGUCUUGAGUGGGUUGGGGCAAGUGAAUGGCAAGAGUCAGUCAAGCGAGUGGUCAUCAAGUAGGUGGCCAUGGGGAUGGAAGAGAGGUGUUUAGGCAUUCCAGACAUCUUAACACACUAAGAUAACUGGAUGUGCUGAACACAGACUUGAGACCGGUGAUGAAAUGAUAUAAUUGGGCAUUAAAAUAUUUAUUGGGAGUACGAAUAUCUACGUGUAAUGAUGUAUGUUGUACCAAGUCUGGUUGUCCCCCAUUGCCCGUUUUAGUAAAGAGUAGACAGAGAAACUUCUUUGGUAAGAUGUGGAAUGAGAGGUCGUCAAUGAAAGAUGACCCCUUGGUUCUCUCAAUAAAAACUGUUAUGGAAAGUCAGUAUAGGGCAUGUAAUUACGUCAGUGACUUCUUGUAUGCCAACAUUGACGACAUAUGUGAGGGAGUUAAUGAGAUAGCAAAUCUCCUUGAUUCAAACUCUUCUAGAUGAAUUGUAUAUAAAGAUAUAAACCCUAGUUUGUCAGUUUACUUUGUGUAUAGUACGAAAUGUAACGUCAGUGUGCACCAUCAUGUUGCCUUCACUUGGUUCCGGGUGUCGGCACAUUCACUGGCAAUUGAAGUCGUAAGGUGGAACAGAAGGGGUAGAGGAAGAUUGCCGGUAGAGGACAGGACAUGUGUAUGUGUGGCCAGACACUGACAGAGGUACAUGUGCAGUAAAAGUCCUUUUAUCUGGCAUCAACAGGACCGCCGACAUGCCAGAUACCAGAAAUUGCCGGAUACUUGAAUAAAAGUGAAAUUAUGUCCACAAUCACCACCCUACACUCACGCAUUUUACCAUAACAAAGAUCAACUGAUCGCCGUGCCGCGCUUCGCCACCCACGCUGCUACCUCACACUCACCAACACACAAUACUAACAUUCUCUUUAAUACUUUCCUCUUAUAAAUAAGUUGAUGGGUUACAAAAAUAAAGUAUAUGUGAUGAACCUUGAACCUGUGGAGCCAGCCAUCAGAGAACUGGCAUGCCCCUUCCUCGCCCAUCUUCUUAGCUAAAUCACGCCCUUUCUCUUGUAACAUUAGGCCUGUAAUUGUGACUCCUGAUCUUUUCAAGCUGAACCACUCGUAUAACACUUUGUCCAUCGUUUCACCACGAUGAUACUGCAGUGUGUGACGAUUUUCUGCUGCUUUUGAGGUGUCGGUGGCUUUCAUGUAUUCAUGUAAUCGCGCAACUUUUUCGUUUGGUAUUUAAUGUCAUAAAUAGUUGAUGAACCCACACCAUAUUCCACCAUUAGUUUGUCUGCUUUCACCUCUCUCUAAUUGUCGACAAAUGUCUACCUGUGCUUAAGUGUAAGCACAACACGCUUCCUCUUUUCUACAACUUUAGGCAUGAUGAAGGUGUCAGGCGAUAAACAGUGCACACGUGGGACUGAGUCACUGAGUGAACACUGCAGUGGGCUGUGGGUGGCGUGAAGCAGUGUGCUCUGGUGGCGAGGGGACAAAGUAUGCCUCGCACGGGAAUUUUAAUUGAUUUUAUGAGUACACAUUGAUUUUUUAUCGAUUUUAAGGCUCGGGGAAAAAUGUGCCGGAUACUUGAAGUUGCCGGAUACUUGAAUGCCGGACAAGAGGGAUUUUACUGUGGUUCAAUAUUGUACACAAACACAACAACUGAGAGACACCUACAAUUUUUCCACUAUUGCUGAGCUGUUCUCAGAUAAGUAUAGUGAUGCUCUGAUAUGUGAGAUAAUAUAUAAGAUCUUGGCAGUAUAGCUUUUUUGAGUGUAAAUAAUACUUUUUAUGUAGUUAAUUAGAGGAUGUUUAAUUGUGAUUUAACUAAUUUCACUAUUUUUUCUUGUGUGUAUUGAUGCGUGUGUAAUUAAGUUUUGGAUUAGUUUUACUUGAGAUUUAUCGUUUUAGAAUAGUUUUUAUUUACAACUUUUUUAUAUUAGGUUAGUUUGAUUAAGUUUUAAGUUAUUGUUUUUGAAUGUUAUUCCUUUAUAUUUUGUUUAGUAUGCAUGUAAAUUGUUACAGUUUAUUUGAAGAUUAUUAUUUUUAUAGGAUAUUUUCUUUUUUUGCAGUUUUAUCAGUUGAAAAGUAGUGUUUUAUUGAUUUUUAACGUAAAUAAUUUAGUUCCUUUUCUUUCUUCUUUCGGUUAAAUGCUAACAGUAAUGCAUUAUUUAUUUAUUGAAAUAUGAAGUUUUAUGGGCAUAUAUGAGGAAUUAUUUGUCAUUAUUUUAUGGACCAAUCAUAUGUAAUUAAGUGUAAAUUUGUAAGGGAUGUUGAUGGUCAAUAAACAAUAAUAAUAAUAAUAAUAUGUA